UCUUUUGUUUAUCCAUCAUGGCUGCCCCCCUAAGUGCAAUAUGAACGUAAACAAUCAUGCCAUGAAGUAACCUUGCGUUUCGGAUAGUGUCACCGAAAUAUGUUGGAAUUUAAUCGAUAACUCGGCAAGAUAAGUUUAUAUCAAAAAUGGCUUUCCGUGUGAGCAUCUCGAUUUUCCGAAAAUCUGUAUAUUUUCCGAGAGUUUCUUUCAACAUAUCUGCGCCACUGUUAAAUGUGUCACAGUUUCUCCGAACGGGAUGGGCUGCCCGUUGUCCAGGGACCAAUAAUGGACAGGGUUUUCGCUUCACCCCCGCCUGUUUUAUUACAUCGGAUGCGUUUUUGGGCAGACUGGCGAAAGGCAAAGCGGCAGAGACAGAUGACAGUCUUUAUCACUAUCCAGCCUCAGUUCCGCCGAACAGCGUUAAUCUGCUGCUGCUUCGGAAAACAAAAGAGGGUUACCUCCGGGCAUGCUAAGCAAAUAUCAUGGCUGGUGAAGGAUCCAGAUCAACCAGAGAAAUCAAAGGUUUUAAGAGUGGCCAUGAUUGGUUCCCCAAAUUAUGGCAAGUCCACACUGUCCAACCAACUGCUUGGCAGAAAGAUUUUACUUGACACUCCUGGACUCACUACACCUUCAAAAGUCAAGAGGCACCAGCUGGAGAAGUCUCUCCUCGAGGAUCCUUGGAAUAUUGUCAAGGAAGCUGACCGUGUGGUGAUAAUGGUGGAUGUGUCGGACAAGUGGGCCUGCAACAAGCUAGACUUUGAGGUCCUGAAAUGCCUGACCCAGUACCCAGAUGUCCCAGCAGUCCUAGUUCUCAAUAAGGUUGACUCGCUGAAGAGCAAGAGCAGGUUGUUGGAGAUUACAGCAGAUCUGACAUGUGGAGUGGUGAAUGUGCGGAAGCUGCAGGUCCGCAGUGUGAUCAAGCCCCCCUGGGCUGAGAGGAGGACGGACAGGGAGACCAGGACACCAGGGUCUGGAGAUGAGGGCGAGCCAGGUGGUGAUGUGGCUCCUCAUGAGGGCAGUGAGGCCCAGUCGUGGCUGAGUAAAGAGCAGCUGAGAGCUCUGAAGACCCAACAGGGCAGGGCCCACUUCAAGGAUGUCUUCAUGCUCUCUGCUGUGGAUAGAGAGGAUGUGGAGACACUGAAGAGGUACCUAGUAGUAGGGUCAAAGCCUGGUUCUUGGCAAUACCACAGUGACGUUCUGACUGACUCCUGAGGAGGUCUGCACCAACACUGUCAGAGAGAAAACUACCUGCCCUCCAGGACACCUAUACCACCUGAUGUCACAGGAAGGCUAUAAAGAUCAUUAAGGACAACAACCACCCGAGCCACUGCCUGUUCACCCCGCUAUCAUCCAGAAUGCGAGUCGAUUGACUUGUGGCACGACAGGGGGAAUGGAGAGCUGGAUAUAGCAGUAAAACUGUAUGUGAAGAAAGAAAGUCACAUGAAAAUGGUGAUUGGCCAGGCUGGUCAGAUGGUUGCCAGAGAGGCUGGAGAGGACCUUAGCACUGUGUUCCUCAGGGAGGUCAAGCUGAGGCUCUCGGUGAAGGUGAAGAAUUGAAGAGGAUUAUGGGAAACAGAGUAUUGUGAUCAUCUGGGGCAAACACAGUAUUAUGGUGGCCUAGUGUGUUGGAAAUUAACAUUGUUGGACUCUACGGAUUCUUUGGACACUAUACUCAGUGAAAGAUCUGACUGGUUUCUAUUGCUUGACUGUGGACAGACCUACAGCUGAACUGUGCUGCUGAGAGCUUGUGAGUGCUCAUCGUGAGUCAGCUAUUGAGAGUUAAUGGAAACACAGAGUGACAGCUCUCUCCCCUUGAACUUGUUCUCAGCCUUUUCUACUGUCACUUCUCUCAAGGGUCAUCAUACUGUAUUCUUGCAUAAGCAUUGCUCUUGAGUAAAGGAUGACUUGUGUAAAUUUUUGCAUAUAUUUUCCACAGGUUUGUCUUUCAGAGCUUCUGUAACAUAAUAUCUUGUAAUUAUAAUUUUAUCUCUCACCUCUGUUAUUUAAAUGGAUAUAUUUUGGUGUGUGUGUGGUGAGGAGAACUGUGAAAAGGUUUUUGUUUUAUUUAAGGUUACCAGAACCUUCCCCUUGGCAGUAGACCUCUGCCUCACCUGGCCCUGUGAUGAUUGAACUGGGAGUAGCACAGUCACGUUCUGUCUGUCGAAUGUCCCUGUUGUGCUAUCCACCCCCUGUCUCUCUCCUCUCACUCUUCUCUCUCUCUGUCAGCUGACAAUAGCAUUGCUGUCCCCUCAAGCCUUGAUUUCAUAUUUUUCCUCGCUAGCUCUCUUUCUAUCUUUCCUUCUUAUUCUCGCUCUCAAAGCAAAACCCCUGAGGACUGAAUUUUUUCUCUUUAAUGGAAUUCAAAAUAGAGCGCUGACCUGCUGGUAAAAUAGAGUGCUGACCUGCUGGUAAAAUGGAGUGCUAACCUGCUGGUAAAAUAGAGUGCUAACCUGCUGGUAAAAUGGAGUGCUAACCUGCUGGUAAAAUGGAGUGCUAACCUGCUGGUAAAAUAGAGUGCUAACCUGCUGGUAAAAUAGAGUGCUAACCUGCUGGUAAAAUAGAGUGCUAACCUGCUGGUAAAAUAGAGUGCUGACCUGCUGGUAAAAUAGAGUGCUGACCUGCUGGUAAAAUAGAGUGCUGACCUGCUGGUAAAAUAGAGUGCUGACCUGCUGGUAAAAUAGAGUGCUGACCUGCUGGUAAAAUAGAGCGCUGACCUGCUGGUAAAAUGGAGCGCUGACCUGCUGGUAAAAUGGAGCGCUGACCUGCUGGUAAAAUGGAGCGCUGACCUGCUGGUAAAAUGGAGCGCUGACCUGCUGGUAAAAUGGAGCGCUGACCUGCUGGUAAAAUGGAGCGCUAACCUGCUGGUAAAAUGGAGCGCUAACCUGCUGGUAAAAUGGAGCGCUAACCUGCUGGUAAAGUAGAGCGCUAACCUGCUGGUAAAAUAGAGCGCUAACCUGCUGGUAAAAUAGAGCGCUAACCUGCUGGUAAAAUAGAGCGCUAACCUGCUGGUAAAAUGGAGCGCUGACCUGCAGGUAAAAUGGAGCGCUGACCUGCAGGUAAAAUGGAGCGCUGACCUGCUGGUAAAAUAGAGCGCUGACCUGCUGGUAAAAUAGAGCGCUGACCUGCUGGUAAAAUAGAGAUCUGACCUGCUGGUAAAAUAGAGCGCUGACCUGCUGGUAAAAUAGAGCGCUGACCUGCUGGUAAAAUAGAGCGCUGACCUGCUGGUAAAAUAGAGCGCUGACCUGCUGGUAAAAUAGAGCGCUGACCUGCUGGUAAAAUAGAGCGCUGACCUGCUGGUAAAAUAGAGCGCUGACCUGCUGGUAAAAUAGAGCGCUGACCUGCUGGUAAAAUAGAGCGCUGACCUGCUGGUAAAAUAGAGUGCUGACCUGCUGGUAAAAUAGAGUGCUGACCUGCUGGUAAAAUAGAGUGCUGACCUACUGGUAAAAUAGAGUGCUGACCUGCUGGUAAAAUAGAGUGCUGACCUGCUGGUAAAAUAGAGUGCUGACCUGCUGGUAAAAUAGAGUGCUGACCUGCUGGUAAAAUAGAGUGCUGACCUGCUGGUAAAAUAGAGUGCUGACCUGCUGGUAAAAUAGAGUGCUGACCUGCUGGUAAAAUAGAGCGCUGACCUGCUGGUAAAAUAGAGCGCUGACCUGCUGGUAAAAUAGAGCGCUGACCUGCUGGUAAAAUGGAGCGCUGACCUGCUGGUAAAAUGGAGCGCUGACCUGCUGGUAAAAUGGAGCGCUGACCUGCUGGUAAAAUGGAGCGCUAACCUGCUGGUAAAAUGGAGCGCUAACCUGCUGGUAAAAUGGAGCGCUAACCUGCUGGUAAAAUGGAGCGCUAACCUGCAGGUAAAAUGGAGCGCUAACCUGCUGGUAAAAUGGAGCGCUAACCUGCUGGUAAAAUGGAGCGCUAACCUGCUGGUAAAAUGGAGCGCUAACCUGCUGGUAAAGUAGAGCGCUAACCUGCUGGUAAAAUAGAGCGCUAACCUGCUGGUAAAAUAGAGCGCUAACCUGCUGGUAAAAUGGAGCGCUAACCUGCUGGUAAAAUGGAGCGCUAACCUGCAGGUAAAAUGGAGCGCUAACCUGCAGGUAAAAUGGAGCGCUAACCUGCUGGUAAAAUGGAGAGCUAACCUGCUGGUAAAAUGGAGUGCUAACCUGCUGGUAAAAUGGAGCGCUAACCUGCUAGUAAAAUGGAGUGCUAACCUGCAGGUAAAAUGGAGCGCUAAUCUGCUGGUAAAAUGGAGCGCUAUCCUGCUGGUAAAAUGGAGAGCUAACCUGCUGGUAAAAUCAGUCAGAUAAUGGUAAUUUGGUUUAUUUCUCCCCCUCCCUGUAAGUUUGCUCUAUGGGCUGUCACUAUCCAGGCUAUCUUGAUGAAAAACAAGUGUGUGCCCUGUGGCCUAAAGCAAGGCCAAAGAGAGAGAGCUGAUAAAGAGAGGGAGGGCUGGGGUGUCUCAAUGAAGAGAGAGUGAGACUGUGAGAAGAAGAGGGGGGAGAGAGAGGGCUGUCUCAGUUCUCUCUGUCUACAGAAACAGCUGCUAUCCAUUGAUUACACUGACAGUUACACUCCUAACAACCGGAUGUUUAGUGCAGAAUACUAGAGGUAAUCUUCAAUUAGACAAACCAACUGCUUUUAAAAAGGUGUACACUGCAAGGAGUAUAUGAAAUGAUAAAUAAAAAACAGAA